AUGCCCAGCGGUACCGUGCUUACAGGAUUCUCAGCAGACGUUGACUGGCGACCACUUCAGUUUGUCCAGGCAAUGACUGGGGUACGCUUCUGCGAUUUGUGCGGAGUUUUGCCAAGAAACCUGCACCUCCUUGAAUGCACCCAUGGAUUCUGCCAUCACUGCUUCAACCAGCUGCUUGUGAAACCCUGCAAGUGCCCGUUUGACAAACGUCGCUUCACAGCCAGAGAGGUGCAAACCUUCGAGUUCACCGAGAGCGAACUGUUGCAGUUCGAAGUCCACUGCUGGAAUUACGCCGACGGUUGCGAUUUUGUCGGUGAUUACCUCUCAAUGACAUCUCAUUUUCUCAACGACUGCUCUCGGCAUUCAGUUGGCUGUCCUCGUUGCAAGUACAGAGUUCGUCGCAGUGAAAUCCUUGAGCACAACAGCACAGAAUGCAAGGGUUCGUGUGCUGAACAAGGAAUGAACAAGUCUCACGCCAAGGACUUCGUAGCAGACGAUAUUGUUCGAGUAAGCCAAGAUAUGCAGCGUAGAGUGAUAUCGUUCUGCAACGAUCAGGAGACCUUGCAAAAUAAAGUGAACGCUUUAUCCUCAAGUAUCAAAUGCUUAGGAAAGAAGCUGCUACAGGUGAAAAAGGUCGCGGAAAACGCUGUCAAUGCGUGCAACGUACAGAAACAAGAUGCACUUCGUGCCGUUCAGGUCAGUGUCUCAGGGGACGAGAGAAAAGUGACCAACAAAAUUUUAAGUAAUGUCGGAGUAUCAAAUCCUGCGGCAACGAAAGGGGAGGAGGAGGAGGAGGAAACAGCGGGUGGUGUGACAGGACCACGUGGUCUGGACAGACCAAGAAGAAGCACAACAAGAAGAAAAGGACGAAGAAGUAAUAGGCGAUGGUAA